CUCUGGAAAGGGGUCAGAUUUAUUGUAGCAACGAAUCGUAGCAACACAGAGAGUCCAUGACGACGAUGGUUGCGAGAUCUUAGAUCAUGUGUUGGAAUGCGACAGUGUUUGAGAACUUUACACAGAUCAAGUAGUUCCGGAGCCGCAUUGAAAGCUUGCGCUGUCCUGAGCAAUAAACAUGGGCUGUGGGAGCUCCAAAAUCACGGUGGUUGAACCCGUAAAACCGAGCAGUCUGAACGGAAAUGAGACCGAAACUCUGGACUUUGUUGUGGCUCAGGGAGGCUCUCGAGGUGACUCUGCAGUGUCCAAAAUGACCACAGAUAGCGGGGUCAGUCUGGAAGCAGCAGAGCCAUCGGUUCUGCCUGGAUCUGUACCUAGAGUCCUGCCACCGCUACAAGGCCAGAGUCCUGGACUGGCCCAGCAAACUGAAGAGAGGCCUGAGUCCGGUGAGAUCCUGGAGCAACUGCUUGUUCAAGGAAUCAUUCCUGCUCAGCCAAGACACGGAGGAAGUGGGGAAGCCUACAACAUCAUGAUGGAUGAAUUUGGGAAGCCAAGGAGAAGACCACCCGCUCGGCUAGAGUCACUGAAAAUUAGCAAAGAACAAGAAGUCACCAGAAAGGAAGACAUUGAGAUGAAGAUGAGACAAGUGGAGGAGAGGAGAAAGGAGAAAGAGGAGGACCUGAAACACAGGUUGAGGAUUAAAUCAGCGCGGCCGCGUGUCGCUGCCCCAGUGACCGCGGAGCGGGAACUCGACCUCACGGAACUGCUCCAUUCUGAACAGCUUCCUGUCCCAACCAGAACCAAACAGCUACAGAUGCCAAUCAAUGGAGAGUCUGAGGACCAAAGGCUUACUGAUUCCCCAGAACUGGAAAAUGACUCCACCUUCCAACAGACUGAAGACAAAGAUGAGGGAUUUUAAA